CUUCGUCCCGUUGUCAAAGCAGUCACCAGGCGCCAUGUCGGCAGCAAUGCAGGCCUCCCAGCAGACAUGGAGCAGCAUGCUGACGAGAGGGCGUUCAGGAGGCAGGGCCCAACGCGCACCCCUCCGCCCCCAGGCGGUCGCCCAGAACACCAGCAGCUCGCCCAAGCCCAGCUGGGCAGGCGACGACCUGGUGUCCCGCCUGGUAAACGUCGUCAUCGACUCCCCGCUGUUUGGCGUGCUCAAGGAGGGCGCCCGCAACCGCAUCAAGCAGACAGCCGAGCGGCGCGGCGUGCCCUGGCAGCAGCGCGUGUACGAGCUGGAGCACUCUCAGCCCCACGUGCAGGUGUUUGCCAUCAAGGAGGAGAUCGAGGACAAGGAGCUGCAGUACCCCGCCUACUACACACGUGCCUUCCACGGCUACGACGAGGGCAACCUGUCGUGGCUGGCCGCGCUGGAGGCGGAGCCCGCCACCGAUGUCAUGGCGCUGCUGCCCUGGGCCAAGGCCGAGGCGCAGUUGACGGGGCCCGCGGCGCAGGCGCGCCUGCGUAGCACCACGCUCACCACCAUCCGCAAGUACGCCGCGGACCGGGGGCUCAAGGAGCCCAGGGACAUCCUGGAUGCGGGCUGCUCGGUCGGCAUCUGCACGCGGUGGCUGGCUGGGGAGUACCCCUCUGCCAGCGUGACGGGCUUGGACCUGAGCCCAUACAUGCUGGCGGCGGCCGCCGUGGGCGCCGACGCGGUGCCCGGCGCCUCGCGCCGCCGCCGCAUCGCCUACCGGCACAGCCGCCUGGAGGCCAGCGGGCUGCCCAGCCGCAGCCAGGACCUGGUGGCGGUGCAGUUUGUCAUCCACGAGUGCCCCGCAGACAUCAUCUCCCAAAUGAUUCAGGAGAGCAAGCGCCUGCUGCGCCCCGGCGGCGUGCUGGCAUUUGUAGACAUCAACCCCAACAGCGCCACGGGCCGCCGCAUGCCGCCCGCUGUGGCCACGCUGAUGAAGGCCACGGAGCCGUGGACCGAUGAGUACUACUUCUACCCGCUGGAGGAAAGCAUGGGCAAGGCGGGCUUCAAGCACGUGGAGUGCAGCGAGCUGGACCCGCGCCACCGCAUCAUCCUGGGCCACCUCUGA